CCAACGGCCCCCGCCAGUCCCCGCUCAGAGCCGAGGAACCAGACCAUGUUCCGCCUAAUGGUGCUGCUUGCUGGGCUCGGUGGCUUGUUCACGUCAACAUCCAGUAAGCCAAAGGAGACACUGUUCUCAGGUUCUCAAAAUCCAUUUUUGCAAAUCAUACUUCCAAAGAAAAUCCAAGGAGAGAAAAGUGAUAAUUCAGAGGAACAGGUAUCUUACAUCAUUCCAAUAGAUCAGAAACCGUAUACUGUGCACCUUAAAAAAAGAUAUUUUUUGGCAGAUAAUUUUAUGGUCUAUUUGCAUAAUAAAGGAUCUGUGAGUUCUCAUUCUUCAGAUAUUUUGACUCAAUGCUACUAUCAAGGAUACAUUGAAGGAUAUCCAAAUUCUAUUGUCACACUCAACACAUGCUUUGGACUGAGAGGAAUACUGCAGUUUGAAAAUGUUUCCUUUGCAAUUGAGCCUUUGGAAUCUGCCAUGGACUUUCAGCAUGUUCUUUAUAAAUUAGGGGAUGGAAACAAUGAACUUCCAGUUUUUAACAAAAAUGACAGAAGUACAGAAAAACAGCCAGUGGUCUAUAACAUUGUUACAGGUGAAAAAGAAACAGAAUUACUUCUUCUGGACUUACCUUCUCUUUAUCUAGAGAUUCAUAUUGUGCUGGAUAAAGCUUUGUAUGAUUACUUGGGCUCUGAUAGCACGAUAGUAACAAAUAAAAUCUUUGAAAUUAUCAGCCUUGUAAAUUCGGCAUUUACUCAAUUGAAAGUUACUAUUGUGCUGACAUCAUUGGAGUUGUGGUCAGAUAAAAAUAAGAUUUCUACAGUUGGCAAAGCAGAUGAAUUAUUGCGUAGAUUUUUAGAAUGGAUGCGGUCUUAUCUUACCUUAAGGCCUCAUGAUGCUGCAUAUCUAUUCAUCUAUAGAGAUUAUUCAAGUUAUGUGGGAGCAACAUUUCCUGGAAAGAUGUGUGUUACUCCUUAUUCUGCGGGAAUUAUACUGUAUCCCAAGGGCAUAACUUUGGAUGCGUUUUCAGUUAUUUUUGCCCAAAUGCUGGGACUCAGUCUGGGAAUAUCAUAUGAUGAUCCAAAGAAAUGUCAGUGUUCAGAAGCCAUCUGUGCAAUGAAUUUAGAAGCUAUGCAAACUACUGGUGUGAAGAGUUUUAGCAAUUGCAGUAUAAGGGCGUUCAAAAAUUUCAUUGAAAGUAUGGGUGCCAAAUGUCUUCAGAAUAAACCUCUAAUGCAAGUAAAUCCAAGACCAGUUUGUGGCGAUGGCAAAGUGGAGGGAAAUGAAGCCUGCGAUUGUGGUACUGAAGAACAAUGUGGUCCUGCUAGCUGCUGUGAUCCGGCAAACUGUAUUCUGAAACAAGGAUCGCAAUGUGACACAGGACCGUGCUGCAGUAACUGUCAAUUGUCAGCAGCAGGUACUACAUGCAGACCUGUAGUACACCCUGAAUGUGAUAUAGCUGAGGUUUGCAAUGGAAGUUCACCAAGUUGUCCACAAGACAUAUUUGUACAAAAUGGACAUACUUGCAAACAAAAUAAGUUUGUUUGUUAUGAAGGAGACUGUCAUGAUCUGGAUGCAAAGUGUGAAGUCUGGUUUGGAAAAGGUUCAAAAAAUGCUCCAUUUGCAUGUUAUGAAGAAAUACAAGGUCAAACAGAUAGGUUUGGGAACUGUGGUAUUGAAAACCGAAAAUUUAAGUUCUGUGGAUGGAGGAAUCUCAUAUGUGGAAGAUUAAUUUGUACUUAUCCUUUUCACACUCCUUACCAUCGAGACAAUGCUUCUGUGAUUUAUGCUUUUGUACGACAGAGUGUAUGUAUAUCUGUGGACACUGGUGAUACAGCAAAAGACCCAUUUGAAGUCAAAAGUGGCGCUCAUUGUGAUACUGACAGGAUUUGUGUAAACCGUGUAUGCGUGGAAUCAAGAAUGAUUAAGGAAAGUGCAAAGACUUGUACACAACGGUGUUCUGGACAUGGAGUGUGCAAUUCCCAAGGUGUUUGCAACUGUUCUGAUGGUUACCUGCCUCCAGAUUGCCAAACAAGUGCCAGAAGUGCUUUUGUGACUGUAAAAUCAGGUUCAGUCCCGGAGAAAGAUUCUGGGAAUACUAUGAAGAACUGGCUUCUAGGUGUCUACAUUGGUUCACCUAUUCUCAUCAUCUUAAGCAUAAUAGUUGUGGUGUGGAAGAGAGUGAAAAAGUGGUUUUCCACAGAAGAGGAAUUCCUAAGUAGUGAAUCCAGAACAGAAAGCAGCAUCCAAAUGGAUACUAGCAAGUAAGUAAAUUAAGAGGUAUCUCUUACAAUAAGUU